AUGGGUGGCGACCUAAAUCUCAAAAAAUCAUGGCACCCUGUGCUCAUGAGCAACCAAAAGAAGGUCUGGGAGGAGGAGAAAAAGGCACUGGAGGAGCGCAAGAAGAUCGACCAGAUCAUGAAAGAGCGCGCCGAAGAGAGAGCGAUCCAAGAAUUGGAAGACCUGCAAGAGGCCGCUGGUGGGAAAAAGAGACAAUCUCGUGUUGACUGGAUGUACAACGGACCUUCGAGCGGCCAGGCAGGCACCACCGAGGAAAUGGAGGGCUACUUAUUGGGAAAGAGGCGGAUAGACGGCUUGCUCAAGGGCACAGACAACCAGAAAUUGGAAAAGUCCGCAAAGGAGGAUUCGUUCAUGGCCGUGCAGAGCGCCAACACUGCCAGAGAUACGGCGGCAAAGAUCAGAGAGGACCCUAUGCUAGCGAUCAAGAAGCAGGAACAGGCUGCAUAUGAGGCCAUGAUGAAUGACCCGGUCAAGCGGAGGCUUUUGCUAAAGGCGGCGGGCAGGGAAGAUGAUGAUCGGGAACAUGAUCGCAAAAGGAGGAAACAUCACCAUCACCAUCAUCGUCACCGCAGUCGCCGUGAUGGGUCUGAAGGACAUGAGAAGUCCCGUUCACACCGAGACAACGAUGAGGAUAGGCAUGGAAGAAGUAGACACCGGCACCGCAGAUCAUACACCCCUUCCGAGUCUCGGUCUCGCUCCAGAUCUCCUCCACGGAAGCCCGCGAGGUCGCGAUCUCGCUCCCCAUAUCGCAGAAGACGCUCAUAUUCCCCCGAAGAACGAAGACGACCACGAUCACGCUCCCGAUCAACUUCACCACCUCGGAGAAAUGGUCACAGCAACGGAGUUCGGAAAAUGCAAAGUUGGCACUCUUCAAGGCCUGAGCCAGCAAGGCACCGAAGCCCACGUCGGGAAGAGAAAAGAGCAGAUAGCCGCGAAGAAGAUAGAGCUGCAAGACUAGCUGCGAUGCAAAACGAUGCCACUGCCCUCGAUCAGCAGCGUGAACAAAGACUGGCCGAACUUGCAGCGAGGGAAAGGGCCGAGAGAGACCGAGACGAUGCGGCUCGAGCUCGGACUGCAAAGCACGGUGGACGAGCAGACUUUGUCAACAGCUACCACAAAAAGGCCGGGAAUAUGACCUUGGGAGAGCGCAUGGGACGCAAUGCGACGUCGCAGCGAGAGGACGAUGAGUGA